UUUGGUGUAAUUUUGAUGGCAAUUUCUGAUAUGGUGGUUGGUAAUCUGACGAUUUUAUACUUGGCGGUGAUAGCGGCGAUCAAGGGGUACGGACAACUGAGCGGACGGUGUUACGGCGGAGCAUCGGUGUUGCUUCUGUCAACGGCCGCGGUCGGGGUGUUGUUGGUAGUGUCGCUGACGUGGGAUGUCUCUCGGAAGGUGGCGACGUGUGCGGUGGUGGCUCGUGGCGAUGAUGAGGUGGUGCACGAGAUGUGUCGAGGUGGCAUAUGCUGGCACGGUGUCGCCGUUAAGUCUCCGGCGUCACAGGUCCGGUUCAGGCUGCCACGACAUCAUGCCAUGAACCGCCAAUGAUAAUUAAGACAAUAAAUAAUAAAAUAAUAAAAAGUUUAUUGUAUAAAUUAUAAUACGAUGGCUGAAUGAUUUUUCUUAAAUGAUGACUGUAAAUUAA